GAAGAGGAGGAGUGGGCGUCUCGGGGACAGCACCGUGGCUGUGUGUCCCCGUCACCGUUCACAAACACCGCCAUCCUUGAGCCGACGCAGUCUGCGAGGUCCUGGUGGAUUUUUUGGAGCCUGAGCCCUGCCGGCACCGCGGGGAGGAGGAAGAGCCGGGAAGACGUGCCGGGUGAUGGAUGGCCCCAGCCCCGCUCGGCGGCCUCGGGGGAGCGGGACCGGCGGCUCGGGGACCUCGGGGACCUGGCUGGCAGCACCCGCCUCUGCAGAGCCCCGCAGCGCCUGCUCCGCUGAGCUCCGGAGCCCGCGGCCGGCGGCAGCCGGGAGGAUUUGGAGGGGCCCCGGGUGACCCCCGAGUCCCCGUGGCGGGGGAUGGUGCGGGGCUGAGCCGCCGUCCCCCGGGCAUGGCACGGCAGGGCUCGGGGGCCAUGCUGGCCUCGGGGGGCCUGGGGUUCCCCCCCCAAAACCUGGCCCGCGUGGUGGUGUGGGAGUGGCUGAAUGAGCACGGGCGCUGGAGGCCCUACUCGGCCGCCGUGUGCCACCACAUCGAGAACGUGCUGAAGGAGGACGCCCGUGGCAGCGUGGUGCUGGGACAGGUCGAUGUCCAGCUGGCACCCUACGUCAUCGACCUCCAGUCCAUGCAUCAGUUCCGGCAGGACACGGGGACCAUGCGCCCCGUCCGGAGGAACUUCUACGACCCCUCCUCGGCGCCGGGGAAGGGAAUCGUGUGGGAAUGGGAGAACGACAACAACUCCUGGACUCCCUACGACAUGGACAUCUGCAUCACCAUCCAGAACGCCUACGAGAAGCAGCACCCCUGGCUGGACCUCUCCUCCCUGGGCUUCUGCUACCUCAUCUACUUCAGCAGCAUGUCCCAAAUGAACCGGCAGACGCAGCGCAAGCGGCGGCUGCGGCGCCGCAUGGACCUGGCCUAUCCCCUCACCAUGGGCUCCAUCCCCAAAUCGCAGUCGUGGCCGGUGGGCGCCAGCACGGGCACCCCCUGCUCGUGUCAGUGCCUGCUGGUCAACAGCACCCGCGCCGCCUCCAACGCCAUCCUGGCGUCCCAGCGCCGCAAACUCUACCCCGGCGCCGUCCGCCAGAGCAGCACCUUCGCCGGGGGAGCGCUGUGGCCGCCGGGGACGGGGACACCGGCGGUGGUGGCGGGGGGCGCGGCCAAGGGUGAAGGGCUGCGGGUGGCCGGAGCGGGGUUCGCCCCCGGGCAGGGCGUGCCCAGCGCGGCGCUGCCCGGUCUCAACAACCUCAACCGGCCCGGGACGCAGCGAGGGGCUGGGCUGGGCGCCAGGGCCGCUGUUCCCCCCGGGGUCCCGGCGCUCCCGGUCAAGAACCUGAACGGCACCGGCCCGGUCCAUCCCGCCCUCGCAGGGAUGACGGGGAUCCUCAUGUCCCGGCCUCGCUGCACCAGGGACCCCGAGCCAGAGAGGAUGGGGGGCACUGGGGGGCGAGGGGGGAUAUCCCUGCCCUGGUGA